AUGGCCCAUGUGGGGAACCGUUGCACGCAGGAUCCAAGCUCAAUUGAGGUCGGAGAGUCUAUGAGGAAGGAACUGUGGCCGGGCGCCACGGCCGGGGGCAGGGAGCCGGCGGUCUCAGGGCAGGCGGGCAGUGGACCGGCCCUGGAGCGCAGUCGGUCCCGAUCGCAGCCCGGCAGCGUAGAGGGAGGAAAGGAGGUGCCCCGGCGGCCGGUAACUGGGCCGUACGGGGAGGCCGGGGGCGAGCUGCGUGCAGUAGCCCCCGGGGCGGGAGGGCCCCCGGGGCAGCCGGCUGGGGGUCCUGGCCGCGGGGAGGGGGGAGAGAGAGACUGGCGGGGAGUGGGCCUCCGCCAGUUGACAAUGGGACGGGAGGAAUCGGCCUUGGGCGGCACCGUUCGCGGGGAGGCCGGAGGCGCAGGCAGGCAGAGGGGCCGGGGCGCAGGCGUCCCGCCGGGUAAGGGCUCCCGGGCGCGAGACCCCGGAACCCUAGCCCCGGGGGGGGGGCACUCCGGGUAA